AUGUCUGUCGUUAGAGCUCUUGGAAUCAUCGGUAAUAUCUUGAAAAUCGUCUCGUUCGGCGCGAGCAACUUUGGCGGCGGCUCUGAGUCCCACUCUGGCUCGACUAUCAAGGUUGCCGUGGCCCUGGAUGGUCCCAGCGGGACAUCGAAUGCUGGAGGGGAUCUGCUCGACAUACGAAUCUAG